AUGGGUCAAACAAAAUUGUUUGGUCUCGAACCGAACAUUGUCGAAGCGUACAAAGGCCAACGCAAUAGUGACGAUKAACGACACGGAUUCGGAAAAGCUAUCUUACCGAACGGCGACGCCUACGUAGGGACGUAUAAAAACGGACUGAGGCAUGGUCGAGGGCAGUACAGAUUUGUAAAUGGAUCUAUUUACAAGGGUUGUUACAGGGAAGGGCUGAGGAACGGCAAAGGAGUGAUGAUUUAUAACGAUAAGAGCAAAUAUGAAGGUUAUUGGAUAAACAAUAAAAAAGACGGUGAAGGGGUUUUCAAGUUCAAAAACAACGACAAAUUUUCCGGAACGUGGAAGUCUGAUAUGAAACACGGGUUGGGAACCUAUACGUUUUGUAAGACUGGAGCCGUUUUGACGGGAAUGUGGCUGAAUGACAAGAGAGUCAACAACUUUCAAGUCUUUUAUCCAAUUAGUGGCAUUACUGGUUUCACGUAUUAUGGCACGUGGGAUGAAAACGAAAUG